AACUCGUGGAGCAUCAAUUCAAUCGGCUAUCUAAUCGCCACCGUGCACCCAGUGCCUCAAGAAAUUCCACGAAGUGCAUCACUCGAAAAAAUAGUCACUGUGAUUGUUCAUCAUAUAUUUGAAUAAUUAAAAAAAAACCCUACCAACAUGUCUCGUGCCAAAAUUGUCAUCAUCUCCGUGAUCAUGGCGACUGCAUCAGCAGCUCCAACAUCACCCGUCAGAGAGCCCAGAUCAUUGGACCCAUUCUGGCACUUGCCGUGUGGUGAAGUCAUCGACACGGACAUCACUCCAUCCGGAAAUAUUGUAGAGGAACUCAAGUCCAUCCUGUUGAGCAUAAAACUCCAGCACCAACUCACCCUGAAUGACUACCUCAGUCGUGACUAUGAGUUCCUCUACGAACGCGUAAGAAUAGGCGUUCACGAGCAUCAGUACAUUCCGAAUUGGGUGCCAGGGAAGAGGGAUGUUAACAUUGUAAGGAGAUUAGCUGGAAAAGAGCCACAAACUAUCGCUAAUCAUCUGCCGAAACUUCAUCUAGACCUCCAGAAGUUUGCAGUGGCUAUUGAAGAGCUUAUCGACGACGAGCCAACGGAGAAGAUUAUGGAGGCCCUCAGGAGCACGCAGUCGUACCUCCAGAUGAUGUUGUGCGAGGUCGAAAGUGACAUUGGUUAUCUGCCGGAUGUCAACUUGCCGGAAAGGGUCCCCAGGAGCAUGAUGACGGCAGUCGAGAGGGAGCCCGUUGACGAGACGAGGAGAUUAGUCCGGGACUGGGGAGUCCUCCUCAAGUACAAGGAUUAUCUCCACGCCUGGAGGCACGUCUUCGACUACUGAGAAAAUUUUUCACUUGAAAUUUUCCUGAUCUCUCUCUCUUCAAGCUCUCUAUCGCACCCUGCCCUGCACAUACCAGAACAGUUUGAACGUACAGUAUUUAUAGAUUGAAUAUCGAUGACAUCUCAACAGUAGGAGAUUUUUUUUCAAUAUUUGUUUCGAUGCAAGUGACGGUCCGUGAACGCAUCGGUAAAAAAUGAAGUGAACAGGCUUAGGUGCAUUGACGCAAAUUGAUUUAGCAUACGGGAGGGUAAUGAGUUUACAUUGGGAUUAGCAGUUAUGCAUACACGGAGGAAGUGCGGGGGAAAGUGUCUUAAACGGUUAGUGACGGGUCCUCAAUGAUCGACACGAUGUCUUCAAUUUUGAGGAUAAAUUUUUUAUUUUUUUCAGAUGUCCUAAAUUUUAGGAUGCUGUCUGAAAAGUUUAAGGCAACGUCUUAAUUUUUUUUUGCAAUUUCGAUAGGGAUUUCAAUUUGAAUUAUGAAGUUGAAAUUGCAAUUUGGGAUUUUGAUUUUAAGACUAUGGCUUAAAAUUUGAGACAAGGUCUUAAAGGUUUAAGACGAUGUCUUAAAAGGUUGAGACAAUGUCUUGUUUUUUUCUGCAAUUGCAAUUCAAAUUCAACGUCAAAUUAUGAAUUUCGAAUUUAUUCUUGAUUUCGAAAUUUAAUGCCACGGCUUAAAAUUAAGGCAGUGUCUUAAAAAAAAUUAAUCAGAAGUUUCAACAAUUCAAGAAAAUUUAAGACAAUAACUUAAAAUUUGAGACGCUUUUUAAAAAAAAUUCUAUAGGUGUCUUAACAAUCCGGGGAAGUGUUCUACCAAUUUGAGAUAGCGUUUUAUAAAAUUAAGACCGUGUCCCAAACAAUUAAGACAAUGGCUUAAAAUUUUAAGACAAUGCCUUGCCAUUUCUUCUACAAUUUGAAUUCAAAUCUACCUUUAAAUUGAAAAUAUUUAAUUGUAAGGCAGUGUCUUACAAAAUUAAGAAGUCUUAAAGAUUUAAGACCAUGUCUUAAUUUUUUUUUUAAUUUUGACAGAAAAAUGUAUCCCGUCAUUCCAUCUACACACGGUACUAGUAUUACCAGUGCAUAUCACAAUAUUUUCCUGGAAUGCAAAAAGUUCAAGUCAUCCGCUAUGACAGAUAAUUUUAGCCUCUCAGCUCAGGGAAUACCCUGCUAUUCGUAAUCUUUAUUCAUUCAAAGCUAUUUGAACAAAUCGACUGAUACUCUACAAGGUAGAGUAUCUAACGGCCACCGAUAGGUAACGUAAAUGUGUUAUUAGGUGAUACACUGACAACUAUUUAUGAAUUUAUUUAUUGCAUUUAGGAACAAUUGUAUUUAUUCGCAACUAAGUAUUUAAUGAGUAUUUAUUGACCAAUUAGUAGAUUACGUGAUCGAAGAAUUAAUCUUCAAGUUCAAAGACCUCUGCAAUGUGCCUUAAACUAAUAAUCAAUUAGUUCAUAAUAAUAUUUUUUCGGCGAUUUUAUCAUAAAAGACGGUUAAGACAAUGCCAUUAGGAUCAUGCAGUAUUAAUUAA